GCCGUAAGUGAAACCGAGCACCUCAACAAACACUUUUGUCAAAGAACGACUUGCCGAGUACUGCAUUCACCUUUUUAUGUCCGAGAUCACAAACUUCAACGCUGUCGACCCCUUCGCCGAGACUGGUGACGACGAGCAGCUUCAGAGCUAUAUCCACAUCCGUAUCCAACAGCGCAACGGCCGCAAGACCCUCACCACCGUCCAGGGUCUCCCCACCGAAUAUGACCAGAAACGAAUCCUAAAGGCAUUGAAGAAAGACUUCGCUUGCAACGGAUCUAUCGUCAAGGAUGAGGAGCACGGAGAGGUUAUUCAGUUGCAGGGUGAUCAGAGGGUUAAGGUUAUGGAGUUUUUGACUGGGCAGUUGGGCUUGCAGAAGAAGAGCAUUAAGAUUCACGGUUUCUAAGCUGAAGGGUUUUCUAUAUUGCGUUUUCAAUGUUUAAUCUGGCUUUGUUCGCUUGUGGGAAUGGGA